CACACGCCCACACUUUUCAAACGCCAUGUUGCAGAUCUUUUCAGAUCAGUUUGAGUGAUUACCUUCUGCAGAUUCUUCAGCCCUACACUGACUCUCUGAGAUGACGGACACCGUUGAAGUUGAGAUGGACUCAGCUCCUACAAAAGAAGCCAUGGAUGACCCCUCCAGUAAAGAGGAGCAAGAUGAAUCAGGGCCACACAAACCCAAGAGCAGGAUAUAUCCAGGGGAAAUCAUUGAAGGAAAACGAGAAAAGAAGACAGUCCAGAGACUUAAUAUGCAGAUGGGUAAACCAAAAGAAAAGCUGAAAGUUGAGAGUAUCGGCCAUGGGGACAAAUUGGGAGACAUUGCUCGUGUUAAUCACGCCAUUGGAAAGCUCAAAGCCCCACAGCUAAAACCUCUCCACAAGAUUAUAUAUGAUCGUCCAGGAGCAGUAUCUUCACUAAGGAAACACCUUCGAUUGUUCAAUGGGUUUCCAUUCGAAAUCAACAGUGACCCUUAUAACAAAAAGAAGGACAAAGUUCUGAAGCUUCCUAAAAUACAACUCAGGACCAUUUGUCAAAUUCUUGAUCUUGAGAGAAGUGGAAAUCAGAGUGUUCUGGUUGAUAGGAUCAUGCAGUUUCUUACAAACCCCACAAAUUCAGGCAAGCCAGUAAUCUUGAAAAAGAAAAAAAAGAAGAAAACUACAAAAGAUGCCAAACGAGAAAAGAAAAUUUCAUCUAAGAGCAAGCAGCAGCAGUUAGAAAGUGGAAAGUCUAAAGCUAUCGUCACGGAUUCCAGCAGCGAUGAAGCUGAUGAGGAAGACGAUGAUAAAAGUAAAAACGAAGACGGUGAAAAGUCAGACAGAAAAAAACAUGAAGGUGAUGAAGGCAUUUCUGAAGAAGAGACCACUGAUUCAGAUGAAGGUCCAGAAGAUGACAAGGAUGAAGAGAUCUCAAAGUCAAGGAAAGCCAGUAGUAAAAAGAAACCCACCACCAAGAAGGAUGACGACUCAGACCAGGCCGUAUCAGAUGAAGAUGAGUCUGCUGAAGACACACCUCCAAAAAAGGUUAAAAAGAAACCACCUACCCAGAAGAAAGUGAAGGCCAAGCCAGCUUCUAAAACUAAGAAAGCAGACAGCAGUAGCAAUAGGAAGAAAAAUGCUGCAAGCAAGACAAAAUUGAAGAUUGAAAGCUCAGAUGAUGACGAUGAUGAACCUUUAAUCAAGAUGAUUAAAAAGCCACCAAGCGAUGAACAGUUGAAAUCUGCUGUCAAAGACCUCUUGAAAGAUGCAAACCUGGAGGAAGUGACAAUGAAGCAGCUUUGCCAACAGGUUUAUGACCUUUAUCCAGACUUUGACCUGAUGGCCAGGAAAGACUUUAUCAAGGAGACAGUGAAGAGUUUAAUAUCCUAACAGGAGGAAGCCAUGCUUUUUUGAAGAACAGUGUGCAGAGUUACAGAAGAGUGUGUAUAGUCGUCCUAUUUUCAUAAAUACAGUUGUUCAUUAUUUUGUCUUUUUAUUAUAUUUUUUGCAGAAUUAUCAAAUGUUUGUGCAUCCUUUUUGUAUAGCUUUAUAUUUGAGAAUACAUGGAUACUUUUUGUAUAGUACAUGUACAUUUAUAUAGUACACAAGGUUUUACAUGUACUCCCCCCCCCCCCCCCACCCCGAAAAUUUGUCCUAAAUUUUGAUGUACAUUUAUUUUUUACUGUUAGCAAAGUGUCUGACUUUGAUUGCUAAUUUUGUGAUUUAAUGUCUAGGUAUUCUGUUUUCCCCAUUUGUGCUCCAAACAUGGUCUUCGUCCUUUUAUUUUUGCCUUACUUUUUUGUUAUUUAUUGCUUUUCUUCUAGAAAUGGUGCAGUGAGAGAAAUCAGAUUCACACAGAUUUCCUCUGACUACAAAUGUAGUUGAUCAGCCAAUUUGGUGUGCAAAUUUUAAUUUUCCCUAGAAUAAGGGCUUGAGUAGCUUAUGAUCAUCAGUUUAGUUUCAAGCAGACUGCAUGCUGAAAUCAUCACGUUUAAGAACAGCAACAUUUUGGGCUAUGUGAUGUCAUUAUUAAUAAUUUAAUAAAAUCAGCAGGGCUUUCUAAAUUUAGAUUCAAAAUGGGGAAAAAAAAUCACUAAUUUGUGAUUCAAAAUGGCUGCCAUUACAGCUAUGUGAUGUACUUUUAUCUAUUAUUUGGACAAAACAUGUCUUCUGGUUGAUAUUAGCAUGGUUUGAAGGAAGUUUAUGAUGAUUUCAGGAUGAGAUUGGCUUGGCAGAUCAUUGAAGGUAAGUGUAAAUCUGACUUCCCAGAGCCAUCCUUUAAAACUCUGUGUAUUUGAGAGCAUACUCGCAUACGUUUUUGAUUCGUAUACAUUGUGUCUUUAUUUUUUGGUGUGUUUUGAAUAUAGAUCAAUGUUAUUCAGUAUUUUUCUUCUGCAGAUUAAGUUUACAAUUCUCUGAUUUUUUGGUGUGAACAUGCAAAGAACUGCUCAACUAACAAGGCACAUAAGACAUGGAAUGCUAGCGUGUAAAUAUUUGCCCCACUUUUUAAACAAAAACUGAUUUUAUAUUUAACAGGACACAUUUUCAGGAGCAAACAAAUUAACUUACUGUCAUGUGUAAUUAAAAAAUUACAAUUUUUGUGGCUUAAUUAAGAUAUGCACUUCCUUACUAGGUAUGUGUAAAGAAUUGUCAUAACUCAAUUAAGGAAAUAAAGUUUUUUAAUACCCUGA